UUUGGUUUUUUGUGGCGUUGUUUGAACGUUGAUUAAUUUAUUAAUUACUUCAAGCAAUUAAACUGUUUUUCCGGGGUCUUUGUUGUGAAACAAAUGGAUGAAAACGCCACGAAAGUGGUGGCUCCCACCGUGGAGCAAAUUAACGCUGACCGAAUAACAGAAUUUGCUGAAAAAUACUGGGCGCCGCAUUCAGCUCAAAACCAACAACCGUUUGACUCACAAAUCGUGGAAGAUAUAUACCAACAAGACAUUCGCGGUAGCAAUUUUUCGAUAAGAAGAAUAAUGGUGUUAGAGUUUAGCCAAUACUUGGAGAACUAUUUAUGGCCCAAUUACAAGCCAGGCGCUUCAUAUGCACACAUGCUAUCCAUUGUGAAUAUGGUAAAUGAGAAGUUUCGGGAACGCGUGCAAGUUUGGCAGGCGUUUCGCAAAAAUCCCACCCAUUUUCCUGAUUUCUUCCAACAAGUGCUUAAAGGGCUCUUGGAAGACGAACUAUUAAUUAAUUUGAGAGAGCAAACUUCACUUCUUGUUUUUCUAAACCACUGUUUUAACAGUAUGGAAGAGGGGCUGUGCAGAGAUCAAGUCAAAAGAUUGGUAUCGCUGUCAAUGUGGGUAUCAUUACAACCCGGACGUCGUGAAUAUGAGUUUAAAAAAAAUCCAAAGUGGCGUAAAUACUGGAAAGCAAUUCAGAAAAAAGACAAACCAGACGAGUUGGAGAGACUUAAUUGGGAACGAACUUUUUUGCACAAGUUGAUACUAAAAUUCUUAAACAUUCUUGACACAAUCACUGAAGAUGGGAUUUGCCCACUUGAUAAAAUCCACUAUUGUGAGAGAUUUCUUGAAUUAGUGACGGAUCUAGAGGCCCUUCUACCCACCAGGAGGUUUUUCAAUACAGUUUUAGAUGACUCUCACUUAGUGGUGCAAUGCCAACUUUCUGCUCUAAUUAGGAGACCAGAGGGACAUCUGUUUAGUCAGCUCUUAGACAUGCUGAAAUUUUACGCAAGAUUUGAAAUCAGCGACGAAACGGGAGAUCCCCUCACCGACCACGACAUGACACAGUUACACUACUCAAAAAUUACCUCACUCCAGAAAGCGGCGUUUGCUAAAUUCCCCGAUUUGCGUAAUUUUUCUUUGGCUAACGUUGCCAGCGUGGAUACCCGAAAAGCUUUAAUGAAGCAUUUCGGUCCCUUAAAUAAAGACAAAUUGAGACUGAUUGCGACAUAUUUGAAACUGGUACCUUCUCCCGAGGAGGAAAAGGAGGUUAAUUGGUGCCGAUUAGAUGAGGAGUUUUUGCGUGAACUGCUGGUGUCUAGACAUGAAAGAAGGACAUCUCAGUUGGAGGCACUCAAUGAGAUGCCGCUUUAUCCCACUGAGGAUGUAAUCUGGGAUGAGAAUGUGGUACCAACGGCUUAUUUUUCGGGAGAGGGAUGUCUUGCGUUACCAAAGUUGAAUCUGCAGUUUCUAACACUGCAUGAUUACCUUCUGCGGAACUUUAAUUUGUUUCGGUUGGAAUCGACAUAUGAAAUUCGACAAGAUAUAGAAGAUGCAGUUAGUAGACUGUGUCCUUGGAGAGCAGAAGAUGAUAGCGUUUAUUGGGGCGGCUGGGCUCGUAUGGCCCAACCAAUCCUCAAUUUCGCCGUUGUUGAAGUAGCUAAACCCAACAUUGGCGAAAAAAGGCCUAGUAGAGUGCGAGCUGAUGUCACUGUUAAUCUUUCAGUGCGUCCGGAAAUUAAAGCCGAAUGGGAGAAUUUGCGCAAACACGAUGUCUGUUUUUUGAUUACGGUCAGACCACCGAGCUCUAUUGGCACUAAAUACGAUUAUAAACAACCUUUUAUACCGCAAGUGGGGCUUCAUUGCGUCAGAGGGUGUGAAAUUGAAGGAAUGUUGGAUACUAAUGGUAGAGUGAUUGAAGAUGGUCCUGAACCAAGGCCAAUCAUACCGGGAGAUAAAAGAACGUAUAGAGUUUGGCUGGAUUGCAAUCAGUAUCGAGAUGACAUGAAUAAUGUAAAUCAAGGCAAAGAGGACGUCUACGAAGAGUUUAACAUUUUGAUGAGACGUAAACCGAAAGAAAACAAUUUUAAAGCAGUGCUUGAAACGAUUCGAGAGUUGAUGAACACAGAAUGUGUCGUUCCGGAUUGGUUACAUGACAUUAUUUUGGGUUAUGGCGAUCCCAGUGCUGCACAUUACGCCAAAAUGCCCAAUCCUACCACAACUAUGGAUUUUAAUGACACUUUUAUCGACAUGGAUCAUUUGCGUUCGUGUUUCCCGAAUUAUCAAAUCAAAGUUAAAACUAACGAUCCCAAAAAAUUGGUACGGCCUUUUAGACUGACUUUUGGCGAUUUGGGUACCGAAAACGAAGAGAAAGUUAUCACAGUUGAGCCGUAUAUUACACCAAAACGGGGACCUUACCACUUCAACGAACCGAAAAAGAACACCAUUCCAUUUACCCCCACUCAAGUCGAGGCUAUUAAAUCCGGCAUGCAACCUGGUUUAACUCUCGUUGUUGGUCCUCCAGGUACCGGAAAAACCGACGUUGCGGUUCAGAUUAUUUCAAACAUUUAUCACAAUUUUCCCAAUCAACGCACCUUGAUUGUGACUCACUCCAAUCAAGCUUUGAAUCAAUUGUUUGAGAAAAUUGUAGCUUUAGAUAUAGAUGAAAGGCAUUUGUUGCGUCUUGGGCACGGUGAGGAAGCUCUCGAAACUGAGAAAGAUUUCAGUCGGUAUGGACGUGUCAACUAUGUUUUGGCCAAGCGUUUGGACUUGUUGGUGCAAGUUCAAAAACUACAAGAGUCACUUGACGUGAAAGGGGAUGUUGCAUAUACGUGCGAAACCGCUGGGCAUUUUUAUCUUUAUCAAAUUUUGUCCAGAUGGGAGAAUUAUCAAAGUAUUGUUAAGCCGAAGCGACAACAGGCUGUGCCUAUUGAGAAAAUUAAUUCUGAGUUUCCAUUUCAUAAGUUUUUUGCCGAUGCGCAGCCACUUUUUAAAGGGAAAGAUUUUGAUGAAGAUCUCGAGAUUGCGGAAAGUUGCUUCAGAUACAUUGAGCAUGUUUUUAAGGAGUUGGAAGAAUUUCGUGCUUUUGAAUUACUACGAUCGGGUUUGGAUCGUUCUAAGUAUUUGUUAGUGAAGGAAGCAAAAAUAAUCGCAAUGACUUGUACCCAUGCUGCUUUGAAAAGGAAAGAAUUGGUCGAGAUGGGGUUCAAAUAUGAUAAUAUUUUGAUGGAAGAAGCAGCCCAAAUUUUGGAAAUUGAGACUUUUAUUCCUUUACUUCUUCAAAACCCGCAAGACGGUUAUAACCGUUUGAAACGAUGGAUUAUGAUUGGAGACCACCAUCAGUUACCUCCAGUUAUAAAAAACAUGGCGUUUCAGAAAUAUUCCAAUAUGGAGCAAAGUCUUUUCACUCGACUUGUUCGUUUGGGGGUCCCGACGGUGGAUCUGGACGGUCAAGGUCGUGCCAGGCCCAACAUUUGUAACUUGUACAAGUGGCGUUACAAGAAUUUGGGCAAUUUGGUGCAUGUUUUGAACUGGGCGGAGUAUCGUACCGCUAAUGCUGGUUUUGUUUACGAUUUUCAAUUAAUUGAUACUCAGGAUUUUAAUGGAAUUGGGGAGUCAGAACCUAGUCCUUAUUUCUAUCAAAAUCUGGCAGAGGCGGAGUAUUGCGUUGCUGUUUUUAUGUAUAUGAGACUAAUCGGUUAUCCGGCUCAUAAAAUAACCAUUUUGACGACUUACAACGGGCAAAAACACUUGAUACGUGAUGUUAUCAACGCGAGGUGUGCCAAUAAUCCUUUGAUUGGGAGGCCACAUAAAGUCACCACAGUGGAUAAGUAUCAAGGGCAGCAGAACGAUUUUAUUUUGUUGUCGUUGGUGAGGACUAAGGCGGUUGGGCAUUUGAGAGACGUUCGCCGAUUGGUUGUGGCCAUGUCACGUGCCCGAUUGGGGCUGUAUGUGUUUGCGAGAGUGGCGCUGUUUCAGAAUUGCUUUGAAUUAACACCGGCUUUUGAACAGUUGACUCAAAGGCCGACUCAGUUGCAUUUAGUGGUCAAUGAGACUUAUCCAGCGAGUAGAUAUAACGAUGCAAAGCCGCAAAAUGAAGUCGUUGUGAUACAAGAUAUGACCUAUAUGGCUAAUUUUGUUUACACGUUUUAUACACAGAGGGUGAAGCAGAUGAAAGAGUAUUAUGAGCAAACACAAAAGUGGAAGAAACCUGGAGAUUGUGAAGUUAAAGAACAUGAGUAUUUUGUUUCGUCGCAUCCUGGGGAGGAUCGAGACACAGACAGUGAAGAUGAGAGAGAAGAAGAAAAUGUACAAUUGCCGGUGCCAAUCGAGGAUGAGCCCAUAGAAGCGGAAGUGGAGGAUUCGGAAAUGCAAGAAAAAGAAGAAGAAAGAAGUGAAGUUAGAGACACAGGAGAAGUGGAGAAUGAUGAAUAGUUUAAUAAAGAUUUUUUUAAUGAA